AUGCAUUGCCCAAUUUGCCACCAUAGAGCGCAUGUAGUGUACUGUGCACAUUGUAUCAAUACGAGCCCAAGUCUGCUACUGAAGCUAAAACUAGAUUUAAUUUUAUUAAAGGAUGAGAAUAAAGAACUUAACGGGAAAGUCGAACAAAUAUUAAACGAGGCCAUGAACUAUGACCAGUUAGAUAUCAAGAGGAUGGAGAAAAAGAAAGAUCCCCUGAUGAAUAGUCUCAUGAAGUUAGAUGUUUUACGAAUGAAAAAGAAUAAUAACCUGAUUAGGCACAGGAUAGAACAGCUAAAUGAGCGGAUUUAUAGUAAAAGGAAUCACAUCAGCGAAUUGAAAGUAGAAAUUGACAAUUAUAAAUGUUAUAAGGUGGGUACUGGUACGGACAAAUUAAGAGAGCAAGUGGAAAUUAGUGAUGCAAAAAAUAAGCUGGCACAAGUAUCGAAGAUUUGUGAAUCGGCUAGAGAUUACAAGCUCAAUCUACUAAAUAAUUGGUUUGUGAUCCAGAAGCUGCAAGAUAAUUUCCAAAUACCUUUCGCUAUAGCUUUUCAGCCACUAAUAUCUUUGAAAAACUUCCGUAUUUUACCUCUUGCUAUAACAAACGAUUCCAUCAACAUCAUGUGGAAGUAUAUUAGCUUCUUCUCAGACAUUCUUAUGAUUAAACUUCCCUACACAAAUAAAAUCUGUGAACAACCCAUGUUUGAGUUUUCCGAUAGCAUACAGACAGUAGUACAAAGGUUGAUCAAGCUUAUCAUAAAUAUUUUACAGAUAUGUAGACAUUUGAAACUCGUACCUUCAACACCCAUGGAUAUCCCAUGGCUACUGGACCAGUACGAUGUGGAUGGGCUGUUCUAUAAUAUGGUGAAACGGAACAAGAUGAAGUGUAGGUCCGUCUCGCUAUAUUGGACUUUUGGGAUGUUGUACUCGAUGGUUUUGGAUAACAUGAAUAAUCCACAAAGAGGACAUCCUGCAAGGCGGACCGCACCACCUCCAACAGUCACAGGACCUCAUGACCGAUGGUACGUGGUAGGCUAG